CUGUGUGUGCGCGCGGCUAGUUUAGCUCCAGUUAAACUGAUUAUUACUUCACCGGAGAGCGAUAAGAAACAUGUCAGCGAAGCGUUCAGGCUCUGUUUCGGAGAGACUGCCAGUUACGGUCUGUUUUUACUGAACUGAGGAAUGAAGAGUAAGAAACAGAAGUCUGCCAAAGCUGCAAGCCACAAAAGAAAAGUCCCCAGCGAUGUGUCUCCCUCAACAAGCCUCCCCCCUCUCGUUGAGGGUCAGCUGAGGUGCUUCCUGUGUGUGACAGUGAGCAGGGUCUUAUGGACAGUCCACAAGCCUCCGACGUCCUCGUUCAUCAGGGUGCGCUGGUGGGGCGAGUCAUCCAAUGGCACCCACUUCUUUCCAAGAGAUGCAUCCCAGGUGGCUCAGAGAACCGUCAAGAGCACAGCUCGUUACGCAAUCCGCUGCAGCCCGAAGCAGUUCACCUCAUAUCUUACAGAUAUGGGCUCUUUGGUGCUGGAGGUUUUAACUAAGCCGGAUCAUUUACCAGUCGCUCGGGCUCAAGUUGAUGGUAUCUACCGUCUGUCUGUGUCACAGCCUAUUAGUGGAUUUUACACUCUGGUGUCGCCAACCUCAGAAAAGCUGGGAGAAGUCCAGGUCUCCCUAAAUCUGGAGCCUCUGACUGAAGCCUUCGACAGCAGCAACUCGGCCCCUGGCACAGACACCAGCAUUGAUAAACUGCAGGUACCCAAAAUGAUGGACCCCCCGCCGCCAGUAGUCGUCACCACUGGAGGUGGGAAAGAAUCUGGCGGGAGCAGUGGUGGGAACACACCAAGAGGAAAAGACCACUUGUAUUUUCAAAAUGUCCAGAAGAAGACGCUGGAGAAUCAGGUUCCUACGUCCAGCACACUUCAAAACAGCGAAAUUGCUGGGAAUCCCUCGACAGCGGAGACAAGAAAUAAUGACAUCAUCUCAGUCAUUCUGGAGCGAGGAAACAAGCUCAGGAAUGCAAUGUUGGAGUCAGCUCUGAAUUGUAACGUCGACUCUUCUCUGCCUCUGAAGGACAGUCCUCUACCUCUACCUAAGAACAACAUCCAAACACCUAAAGAGUUGUUCCCUUUUACAUCAGGUAUGUUUCUUCAGGAUAUCCUGCAUGCAGACUCUGGGGAUGGAGCCUUCCCCUCAGACAGCGGCCUGGAUUGUCUGCCAGACAUGGACAAAAGAGCUGUGGAUCUGCUGCUUGGCAGCUCUGUGACAUCUGGACUGCCUCUGUGGGACAGCCAGGGGUCACCUCCUGACUCUCUCUCCGGCCACAGCAGUGUGUGUGGAGGCAGCGAGCUCAACGAUCCGCUUUACGAUCAGAGCUUGCUGGAAAAUCUGUUUUACAAAACUCCUCAUUUAGACAAUAGAGGGGACAACAGUCAAGGAGCAACAACAUCAAAUAAAACUCAUCCAGAGAAAUCGAGGCAAUCUGAACCUGGGAUCGGCCAAAGUCCAAAUUUAGAUGAACAGCAGUUUGCAGAUCGUGGCGAUGAUCUCUAUUCUUCAUUCAGUGAAGAGCAGUUCAAGUUACUGAGUCUAAUCCGAAUAGCAAGAGUUACCGUUGAGUCGCUGGCCGUUCCUGGAGGCGGAUCAGCCACCACAACCAGGAAGACCGUCAAAGGGAAACCUCUGCGCCCAUUACCCAGCAAGAAAUGCACUUAUUUUGUAGAGUAUGUUUUCCCGAUGACUUCAUCCUCUGGUCAGUUUGGGCGGAGUAAAGGUGGAGAUGUAGACGUGACUAGAGCCGUUUCCAGUAAAAUCACUUUUGGAGCUGUGAAGUUCCACCAGCUCUCUGUGUUUCCCGUCCACUUCAGCGCCGCAGCGAUCAAGCUGUGGUGGGAAAGUGAGCUCACUUUCAAGAUUUACUCAAGAAAGAGUGACCAGAAAAAACCUGUUUUUAUUGGUAAGGCCGUUCAUGCUCUGCGCAGUCUGCUGCAGAGCAAGGAGCUGAGUCAGUCCGUUGUUUUGCCGGUUUGCAACUCGGAGGGAACCAGAGAAACGCGGGACGUUGGACCUCUCACCGUUUCCAUAGAACUAGGAACACACAGCAAAAGUUUGUCUAAUAAAAAAACAGGGAAUGUGGUUGUGAGAGACACACUGCCUUUGAAAAUCGCAGCCAGCCCCGAAAGAGAACAUGUUAGAAGAUCUCAGCGUUCUGACAUGGAGGUCUUAACGGCUCCAGUGAUGGAUCAUCCCAGGCUGAACAUUUGGACUCCUCAGACACAUACAAGCAAACCGUUGAAUCCUCCUGGAAUCCGAACAUCUCCGCUCAAAUCUUCUCAGGCCGAAGAGGAGCCCCAGAUCCUUCUGCAUGCUUUACUCAUGGUUCCAGACGGGAAGAAGUUCAGCUGUGGGCCGCAGCAGGCUCCAAACGUCUUCUUGAACUGUAAGCUGUUCUGGUGUGAUGAGACGGCCAGAUCCACGGUCAGCUGGGGCCAGGCAAACCCCACCUUCAAUUUCGUUCAGGUAACACCAGUGGGAUUAACAACAAAACUUUUAGAGCGUAUGAAGAAUAACAUGAUGGUGAUUGAAGUAUGGCAGAAAACUGGAAGCUCUGUGAACGAUCGACUCUUCGGCCUCGUUAAACUACCUUUACAUCAGUUUUACAUGUCAUUUAGGGACCCGAAGAUCACCCAGCUCCUUCUGCAGGCACAGUACCCAGUUUUAGGGGUCGACUGCUACAUGCCUGUCGUCGAUGUAUUCUCAGGCUGCUGCAGGGGAAACCUCAGGGUUGUUCUGGCCAUGGGUCGGGCAGAGCAGAUCGUCUCCCUCCAGCGCACCAGACAUGAGGAGUACGACUUGUCGCCUCAAGGGGUGAGACCAGUUCACAUGCUUGAUCACCAGCCACACCCACAAACAAAGGUGAAUGCAGCAGAAGUGAGGCUUAUGAGGGAGCAUGUGUUUGUUCUGAGAGUGGAGAAAGUCAGCGGGCUGACCCCACUGCAGUCCACAGUGUGGGGAGAGGCUGACUGCUAUGUUCAGUACAGUUUCCCCACCCAGGAGUUCAACGCUGCCUCCAACAUUGAUCCGAGCCUCAUAGAGAGCAGCUUGAACGUGAAGCCGUAUCGUACCAUCACCACUCUUUGCGUCCCGGACCCGGUGUUUGGCCACACCGAGACUCACGUCCUUCUCGCUCCUGAAGGAAUUCCUGUCCAGCGACUGCUGCUCAGCUCGCUAUCGAGCCAAGGCCUGAGUAGUGGAGGAGGCAUCCAGUUUGAAGUGUGGUGCAGAUAUUAUUAUCCAAAUGUCAGAGAUCAGCUUGUGGCCACAGCAUUGCUUCCCCUGUCCAAAUUAUGUGCCAUGGCAACCAUGCAGAAACAACAAACUAACGAGGCUCAGAUGUUCUCCCUUCCCCUGGUUCCAAGGACUGAGGGCCACUCAGGAUUUCAACCUCAGCCUUCAGGUUUGCUGGAUAUUUGCAUUCGCUACAAGCACCGGCCUGUCCGACCUGAAGGACACGCUGGUAGAGGAGCUCCUUCCCGUGUUGUGACGCUUGUGGUUCAAGUGCACAGAGUGUGUGGGCUGAAGGCAGCAGCUAGAGCACUAUUGGAAGAAAACAAUCAAUCCAGUCAUUUAACAGAGGUUGGGGUGAACCCAUUCGUCACAGUCCAGCUGUCCUUCUUACCUGACAGCGAGAGGAGGUGUACCCGCACUGCGAACAGGACUUUCUGUCCCGACUUCGACCACCAUAUGGAGGUGGCCUGUGAUCUGUUGCUGCACAUGAGCAGCGGGGAAACCUGCAGCCUGGCUGAGCAACUGGAACAGGCGUAUGCUGUCUUUACUGUGUGGAACAGAGACAUUCAAAAAGCAUCUUCUGAGCAAAAGGAGAUCAUGUUGGGUUUUGUGAAAAUACCAUUGGUUGAUCUCAUUCAUAAAAGAACAGGUAUUUCGGGCUGGUUCGGGCUUUAUUUAGUUAGUAAAAAACGUCCUUCACAGCCGGAGCACAUCUUGGUCGGUGGCCUGGAGCUUUCCGUCAGCUUUGCUCACCACUCAGACAGAGAAAGGGUGAUUAAAGCUGCAGAGGGUUUGGGCUGGGAAAUGGCACAGCAAGAUGAUGAAGAAUCCUGGGAAGAAGGCAUGAGAAAACUGUCACUGACUUUUUCAAUGCCUAAAGCAUGGCUUCCUGUCCAUUGUCUGCUUCCUCCGGGGUCGAGCGAGCUUCAGCGCUCUACCUACUGCUACAUCAGGUACAAGUUCUUCGACCAGGACGCCGUCUGCUCCCGACUGAAGCACCCAUGUGUUGAGGGCGACCAAGCCACGGUGAGCUUUGAAGGAAGUAGAACUGUGGAGCUGAGAGUCACUCAGCCUUUGGUGUGGUAUCUGCGUGAGGAAAAACUGGAGGUCCAAGUGUGGGUCACCUUCUCUAAAAACAGGACUACGAGGCCAAGCGACUCAGACCGACUGGUGGGGUCUGCAUUUGUUGGUCUGGCUUCUCUAGCAAAGACUCCCAAGCAGAAGCAGUCCCUGAGUGGAGUGUACCCGUUGUUCAUGCGCUCUGCCGCCGAUCUACAAGGCGCGGCUCUCAGGGUGCACAUCACACCAUUGGAUGGUUCCGUUCCCACAAACCUGUCAGCUGCACAUGAGACCCAGCUGGACUUUGACAGUCAGGAGGAGAUCUUAUUGGAGGAAGUGGAAGAAAUAGAUGGCUCCCCGUUCGCGCCCAGAAAAUCCUCGCACACCCACAGCACACACAGGAGUAAACCCUCCAGGGAAUCUCCAGACCUGACGUCUGCGCAUCACGCAGAGGUGAGCGUGGAAGACUCUUUCCCUGUGACUGUGGCAGUGGACCGAGCCAUGCACCUCAAUCUGAAAGCUUGUCCUCUUACUGAGCGCACUGAAGGAACUCCUUGUUGCUGUGUUUCAUACGUCACCGCUGACUCGCCUGAACCAGUUUACACAUCUGUUGUAACCAACACAGACUGUCCUGUGUGGGACCAUCAGCACGAGUGCAGGCUUUCAAAGGAGCUGCUGGUCGAUCCACAUCAGUUUCUUGUGUUCAAAGUGUGGCAUAAAGGAGAAAUGGAGCGGGUGAUUGGAUUUGCCACUGUAGAUCUGUCUCCUUUACUCUGGGGUUUCCCGUCAGUGUGUGGUUGGUACAACAUCACAGACUUCAGUGGCCAGUGUCACGGUCAGAUUAAAGUGUCUAUAACUCCUUUGAGGGGAGUCCAGGACCUCCGUGGACAGAGAAAAAACACCAACGAUGAAGCUGCCAAAAACCCAUCAACCAGUCCUCUCAGCUACCAAACCACAGCCAUGUACAGCAGCUUCCCGUCCCACAUCAGCAGAUUCCCAGAGCAAAAGAUCUCGUCGCCAAACCACAACGACGUGCCUUUCUCUGAAAGGCCAAGUGAGAACGAUCGCCAUUUUGAGCACAUGGACAAAGUUCGUCUUUACCACCAGAAUCUGCAAGAACAAACGGCAUCUCUGUCUGUGUGUGGCGGCCCGACCGGCGACGUUAAUCCCUCCAGCUCAUUUUUGUUUUCAGCACUCAGGAGAAAACUUAGCGAGCUUGACAACAUUCAGCAGUACUUCAAUCGUAAGCUAUCGACUCCUACUUUUCCGCCUGCGACUGAACAAGUCGGCCACGACCAACAGGUGGAUCGCGGGUUGUUGAAGACCGACACGAGUCAGCUGCUCCUCAAGUCCAACCAGCUUGUUGGGGAAGUCAACAACAUCAUCAGUGGUCUACGAGGUCACUUCCUGGAAACAAUUCCCUCCAACACUCAGAGCUCAUCAGACUCACCUGGUGAACGCAGCAGCCCUCCGGCCGACUCAGACAGCAAGUCCAGUCCAAACAGAGCGACUCAUCAUCGUUUGGAUGUUGUGUCUCCGUUGCCUGCUGAGACAUCUGAGGACGACACCGACUCUGACCACGACGACAAAAAGGACGAGCAAAGCAGCAAGGACAGCCUGUCACAGGACGAACACCAAGAGGAUUUUAGACAGGACGAGGAAGAUGGCGAUGAUGAUGAAGGAGACGAGGAUUUCGAGGAGGUGGUGCUGCAGCCCAGGUCUCUGAAUGAGGUGACGUCUCUAACAGACAGAACCAGUCCUUGGACCAGCAUCCUGUCAGACCCCGACCUGGUUUCUGUAGAGAGCAUAGAGGAUCAUAAGGAGUCAGAAAUGAGUGAGAAUGAGGACAAAGGCCUGCAAGAAAAUCGAGACGGCUGUCUUUCCGAUGAGAAACGCACAGAAAAUGCUCACCGUACAGAGAGAGAUGAUGACAGGAUGCUACAAUCCGGUGAUCAGACAAAGGGGUCAAACAGCACCAACAGUUCAGAUGACGUGUCAUCAUCUCCACAGCCUGUCGUUGACACACACUGUGCUUCAGGAACUCAGAACACGGAUGAAAACCAGCUCCAGGCCUCAUUACCUGUGGAAGUUCCUAAUUUCUUCCUUCCGUCUCACCAACUGGAGGCAUCACUGAGAGCCAUGCGUUUAGCUCCAUCCUUCUGCCACACAUCUCAUGAAUCUGGUCAGGACUCCUCAGACCGCCACAGCGUUCCCUCUCGCAGAGGUCCCCGGCAACGGCCGGACAUGUCCCCUUCGUCCCUGAAGAAACAGACGGACAGAAUCGCAAAGAUAUUCGCAGCUCGUUUCGAUAAGUCCAGUUAGCUCAGUGGUUUUACGCCACAAUAAUUAUGUAAAUUCAUUUUUAUAUUUGUAUGUUUUAUAAAUAAAUAUUGAAAAAUGUGCUGCACUUUGAAA